UACCUAAAAAAGCAAACUGUCAAAGUUAAGGAAUUAGGAAAGUCAUCGCCUGUUAUUUGGAAACUUGGGAACUAGAAGUUGUUAACUUGUAAAUCUAUAUAACAAACAGAAAUAAAAUUUGUUAUUUGUAAAAAUGGAAGAAAUUGGAAUCAUUCUCCCCGAAAAGGACGAUCAAGUCACCGACACAAAAGGUCUCCCAUUUGCUGGUCCACAAUCAUUUGAAGAGCUAGAAUCUGAGGAUCUGUACACUAAGUAUAAGAAAUUGCAACGCAUGUUAGAAUUUCUUGAGGUACAAGAAGAGUACAUAAAGGAUGAGCAACGCAAUCUUAAAAAAGAAUAUCUGCAUGCUCAGGAGGAAGUGAAGAGAAUACAGUCAGUGCCUCUUGUUAUUGGGCAAUUUUUGGAGGCUGUGGAUCAAAAUACAGGAAUUGUUGGCAGCACUACGGGUUCAAAUUACUAUGUGCGGAUUUUGUCUACAAUUGAUAGAGAAUUGUUGAAACCAUCAGCAUCAGUGGCCCUUCAUAAACAUUCUAAUGCACUUGUUGAUGUUCUGCCUCCGGAAGCUGAUAGUUCCAUUUCCAUGUUACAAGCAGAUGAGAAACCCGAUGUUCAGUAUUCAGAUAUUGGUGGUAUGGACACACAGAAGCAGGAGAUACGUGAAGCUGUUGAACUUCCCCUAACUCAUGUAGAGUUGUACCGACAGAUUGGUAUUGAACCCCCAAGAGGUGUUCUUAUGUAUGGACCACCGGGCUGCGGCAAGACUAUGUUGGCCAAAGCUGUUGCGCAUCAUACUACAGCUGCAUUUAUCCGUGUAGUUGGCUCAGAAUUUGUGCAGAAGUACUUGGGUGAAGGACCUCGAAUGGUCAGAGAUGUGUUCCGUCUUGCUAAGGAGAACAGCCCAGCUAUUAUAUUUAUUGACGAAAUUGAUGCCAUUGCUACAAAGCGAUUUGAUGCACAAACCGGAGCUGAUCGUGAAGUCCAAAGAAUAUUACUUGAGUUGCUUAACCAGAUGGAUGGUUUUGAUCAAACCACAAAUGUCAAAGUGAUUAUGGCCACAAACCGUGCUGACACUUUGGAUCCAGCCCUGUUGAGACCUGGUCGUCUUGACAGAAAAAUUGAGUUUCCACUCCCAGACAGGCGUCAAAAACGUCUUAUCUUCUCGACGAUCACAGGCAAGAUGAAUUUGUCAGAGGAAGUGGACCUCGAGGAGUUCGUAGCAAGACCUGACAGAGUGUCUGGUGCUGACAUUAAUGCCAUCUGUCAAGAGGCCGGCAUGCACGCUGUGAGGGAAAACAGAUACAUCGUCUUACCCAAGGACUUUGAAAAGGGCUACAAAAACAACAUCAAGAAAGAUGAAAGUGAAUACGAAUUUUACAAAUAAGUUUUAUAUUAUUCUCAGUCUGUAUAAUCUUAAUAAAAUAAUGUCAUUACAUUA